GAUGAACUGGUUUCAGAUGCUAUUUUUAUUAUAAGGACCUACCCAGUAUCCACUGAGGGAGAGGGGGCUGAAGAUACUUUGGCAAGUGGCCAGCAGGAUGAUGAGUUGGCCCGCCUGGUGCAGCCCUCGCUGAGACUGCUGGGAGCGGUGGAUGGAGCCAUUUAACACCUCACACUCCAACUGGACGCAACUCUUUCCUCCGGAACCCUUUAUACCGGCAUCAUGGCGAGCAGCCUUCCUGAUUGCCACGCUGGCCAUCGGGCUGCCAGCCAACGCCUUCAUCAUCUGGCUGACAGGGUGGCAGCUGCGGCGCCGGGGCCUGUCCGUCUUCAUCCUAAGCCUGGCCACCUCUGACUUCCUCUUCCUCUCCAUCACGGUCAUGCAGAUCAUGGAGACCUUGCUGGAUGACAACUGGGUGCUGGGCAGCCCCAUGUGCCGCCUGCGCUACUUCCUCUACGACUUGAGCUACCACUGCAGCCUCUUCCUGCUGGCUGCCCUCAGCGUGGACCGCUGCCUGCUGGUGCUGCUGCCCCUCUGGUACUGCUGCCACCGCCCCCUGCGGCUCUCCAGCUACAUCUGCUUGGGGGCCUGGCUAGUGGCUGCCCUGCUCACCAUCAAGGGCUUCGUCUUCGCCGACGUCAUCCGGUAUCCAGACGGGAUGCUCGUCUGCUCCAGCGACAGGGGCAAAUACGAGUGGCCCCUGCGCCUGCUGGAGGUGCUGGUGGAGGGACUCUUCCCCUUCGUCGUCAUGGUGACCACCCAUGUCGCCACCUUGUCCCGCACCUUCCGGCACCACACCCGGCCCCCCAGCAAGUUCUACCGCAUCGUGGCCGCCACCCUGUCAGCCUAUGUGCUGCUCAACCUCCCCUUCCAGAUCGUCCAGUUGCUCUUCCUGGUCUCCUGGGAGCAUGAGGAGUUCAACAAUCGCAUCUUCCCCUUCAUGGUCUACUUUAGCUACCUGAUCAACCUCAACAGCAGCAUCAACCCUCUCAUCUACAUCUUCUUCGGCUCCAACAUCUGCACAGGCUGCGGCCACCACAUGACUUCCUCCCUUACCAUGGCUCUCACUGAGGAGCAGGAGAGGAGCCCCAGGGACAUGUCCAGCAAGUCCUUCUCAGCCUAGCCUUGCCAGCAAGACCCUGGGGGGGGUCUGUGCACGAUUGUAGGUUCACUAGUGCAAAGACUUGUGUAAAUGGGUGCAAGGUGGAGCUUGGUCAGGUGCAACCAGCUCCUGGAAGCUACCAGGAGAAGUCACACCAGUGCCAAGGCCCAGUUUGCCUAGACAAACUCCAGCAGGGACAAAGAUCCUCAGCAGAUGCAAACCAGGCCCAGCUCCAUGCAGGUCAAUGGCUCGGGAACACCAGGCCCUAGGCAAGGCAAUGUAAACACUGAUGUGCUGCAGCUGCCAACCCACAGGUGCCAGGAGACACUGCGGUGAAGGGGACUCUUCCCCUUUGUCAGGGCCGGCUCCAGGGUUUUUGCUGCCCCACGCAGCAAAAAAAAAAAAAAAAAAGCCAUGAUCGUGAUCAGCUCUACCACCACUGCUUCAGUAUUCAGCGGCAAUUCGGCGGCUGGUCCUUGGCUCCGAGAGGGACUGACGGACCUGCCGCCAAAUUGCCGCCAAAGAGCCGGACAUGCCGCCCCUCACCGUUGGCCGCCCCAAGCACCUGCUUGCUGGGCUGGUGCCUGGAGCUGGCCCUGCCCUUUGGGCCUAUUUGCCUUUAGGUGUGGCUUUCUUGCCUUUAGGUAUGGCUCCAAGGUCACUGUGUUCUAAUACAGUGGCUGUUCUGCACACUGCAGCCAGAUACCCAGUGCUGAGGGUACAGAUGCCCCCCUAACUCUGUCCCCCUGGGCCCCUGCAGCCUGACCGUUCUGACCUGCUGAAAGCAGGCCCGGGCUCCUCUUAGCACACAUGACUACGACAGAAGCUGCAGCCCAAGUGUAUGUGGGGGGGGCUGCAUCAGAACCACGCACCUGAAGGGUCAGAAUUAAGGCCACGGGGCUGUCCUGGGGAUCCCCACCUUCCUACACCCACCAGGGCACAGGUACUGCUCCCCCCCACCACUCCAUGGGGGCAGGACACACCAAAGAGGGCCACACCCCAUGGCUUUAAUUCUGACCCCUUGGGCAUGUGGUUAAUUCUGACCUUCCCACACACACACACAGAGCUCCCCCCCAGUUGCCCCAGCAGGGUGUCCAGCGUGUGGGCCUGGCUGCUCAACCAGCACCUCCUGCUAGGGACUCAAAGCCACCUUUGCUUUGAGUAAGCAGGACAACAGCCCCUCUUUCCCACACAGGCCAUUAGCAGGAGUGAUUGAACCCGUGACCUUGGGAGCUAAAAACAUAAACCUCAACUGCUUGAACUAACCUCCCCACUCUGGGAGGGGAGGGGUUGCUACUAACAGUAAUUUUCCCUCUGCUGAUACUCACCCCUUCUUGUCAACUGUUUGCAAUGGGCCACCUUGAUUGCAUUGGCCUCGUUAGCACUACAAA